AUGGGUGAUCGCCCAGAAUUCCCGUUGGCGGGUUAUUCUGGCGCCCGCGCUGCUGCUCCCCCGCCACGCGACAGUGGGCGGACCCCGGCACAACCGCAGAACCUUGUUCCACAUUCCUCCCACGAAGUCCCGCGCGCCCAUCUCGCGCCAUCCCACGCGCACCCGCCCUUUGCCGGCCAGAGCGUUAGGGUAAAGGCUCAUCCCCGCUACCUCUCACCUACCAAGUCCUGUAUGGAUGUAUAUCCAGUACACGGUCAUGUGCUAGAGUAUGGCGAGGGCGAACUCCUGGAGGCCGUCCACUGGACGUUCACAUCGUCAUACAGAAUGGAAGAAGGCCACCGCGCGGGAAACGACGCAUCGGAUCUUCGGUAG